AUGGAUGACAAAGACGCAACACCUCGUUCUUGGCAACUCGCUGGAAGGAUGGAUGAAGAAAGCACACCAGCACGCACUACUAGUAGAAGCAAAAGUCAGAAAGCCAAGCUUCCACAAGCGGCAAAAGAGGGGACGGCAGCAAAGAAGCGUUCGUCCGAUGGUGAUGGAUUAUCCUGCGCCGGAUCCAUAACCGCAAGACGGAAAAAGGCCCGUAGGCACCGCAGCAAUAGCAAGGAAAACCUCUUGGCGGCGGAUGACAAGAAAACCAGCGGCGGCAGCCCACUCAGAUCCAAAAAGUCUAUUGCCAUUUCACCAGACUCCCUGUUUACUCCAAACACCGCCGCUUCCACACCCGCAUCUUCCAGCAGCAACAAGCUGUGCGAAGAAGAUGACAGCUCAUUAUCCAGAUCCGAGAUUCUUGCAACAGUGGGUUUUCCUCCCAAAGUCCCUGAUCUCUUUGCGUUCCCGAAGCAUGAACCUACUUCUUGCCAAUGUCAUCAUUUCAUGACAGUCAACAAGCCGGUCUGCUUGGGUCGAUGCAAUACUGUCGCGCAUCUCCAUAACUAUGGAUGGGAAUACAAGGCGCUCUUGAAGAAUGUGGAAGACAAGGAGUACCAGGAUGUGGAGCCGCAACAACUGGAUGACAAGGAUCCUUACCACCUCUUGACCCUCUCGGAUAUUGUACCCCCUCCCGAGUUCCGCACUCGACAACGGACGAAAUGGGCUGUAGCUAUGGACUGGACACUGGAUGGUUACAUGGAUCGACAGCCCGACAUGGAGAAUCGCAUGCGGGGUAUUCUCAUGGAUUGGAUUAUUGAAUUAUCGGAGGAGUACAAGCUGUCUCCCAUGACCUUCCAUCUUGCCGUUACUCUGAUUGACAAGAGCAUGGCGUGUACACCCACAGAGGAGGAGGCAGAAGGCAAGGGAAUGAUUGGGCACGGCAUGACCAUUCCUAGAGACAUGUUGCAGUGUUUGGGAUGCGCCUGUACCUGGAUUGCUGCCAAGAUGGAGGAAACCCAUCCCCCUUCGGUUGAUGACUUUGUCUACAUUUCGGACAAUAUCUAUCGAAGGGGGCAGAUUCUGGACAUGGAACUGGAUGUUUGUUCGGCACUCAAGUUUCAUUUGCAGCAUGUGACUCCCGUGCAUUAUGCCCAUGAGUAUCUCCUGGCCAGUCAAGGAGGACCCUGUCGACCCAAUAGCCCCACAGGGCCUGCCUUUCACUCUCUUUUGCGCAACAUGGUCCACUAUCUCUUGGAGCUUUCGCGGGUAGCCUACGAGCUUGUGCCUGUCAAGCCAAGCCUCGUGGCGGCUGCCACAGUGUUCCUUGCGAGGGCGACCUUGGGGAUCUGCAAUGAUAGCGUCGAAGAAGACUGUGACGAACGGGAGCAGAACAAAUUCUGGAACAAAACGCUACAAUGCUACACAGGGUACUCCGUCGAAGAACUUAAAGAUACUGUCCAGGUGCUUCACAGAUACCAUCAAAAGGCCGAAUCAUCACAGCUAAAGGCGGCCUUCACGAAGUACAGCAAAAGCAAAUAUAUGCACGUGGCCCACAAGACAGUCCUGCGAGAGGAAGACUUGGAGCUUGAGGUUUAG